UGUCUGACUCAACCUGACAUUCAGCGAUCAAGAGGUUAUCACUGUUGAUCACCAUAGGUGGUCAGCUGUCAACAGAAACUACAGAGCAGGACAAAGUCUGAUGUCAGGUUCAUCAGCUCUGCUGUCAUGGUCGCUUUAACAUCAGCACCAUUCCUGGCUUUGUUCACAUGUUCAUGGAUCUUGGUUCUGUGUCAAGAGACACAGGAGGUGACAGUGAAGCCUGGAGAGGACGCCACUCUUCAGUGUCAGAGUCACAGAGGUGCUGACAUAGAAGUGAUAAAGUGGAUCAGAACUGACCUGAAGUCAGAUGAUGGUUAUGUCUUCUUCUUCAGAGACAGAAGCUCAAAUGAAAACUACCAGCAUGAAUCUUAUCGUGGUCGAGUGGAGCUGAGAGAUCCAGAGAUGAAGGACGGAGACGCUUCUGUGAUUCUGAAGAACGUCAACAUCAACGACGCUGGAACAUAUGAGUGUCGUGUUAAAGGGGAAAAUGAAAAAGGCAAAGCUGAACUCGUCACCAUCGUGAGUCGAGUGUCUCUUUGUCUCUCAGGUCACACAGCUGGACACGAGAACAGAGGAGGCAAGGACGGAGGAAACAAGGAGGGAAAUGUGGGACUGAAAGUUUGUUGUUGUUUGUCAUUUGUUGUGAUUCUUUUUGUUGGUGUUGUUUUUGGUGUUUGUUUUUUUUAAAUAAGAACUUUACAAAAUGUAGAGAAUGCAAAGACAAUAAUUCAGACCAACCUGCUGCUCCUGAAAAUGAGCCGAUGCAGGAAGCAGAGCCAGCAGAUGAGAAUUAGUGAGUAAAUGUGUCUCAUGUGUCUCCCAUGAAAUAAAUCCAGAAGUAUCUAAAAGGUGGAGGCAGAUGUGACUGACUGUAGCUGGAUCAUCAGCUGUGACUGUUUUCCAGCUGCAGUCAGAUCAUCAACAUGUUUUUAAAUGAUUUCAAGUCUUUUUAUGAAGGCUGUUGUAGAGACGUGUGAUGAAGAGAGGAUCCAGACUGAAGUCACUCUGGUUACUGUGGGGAGCAGUGAUUGGUUGUUACUCUCUGGCUGCUGAUUGGUGGACUGAACGUGCUGAUGUGGACUUGACUUCAUCUCUGAUCUGUAAUGUGUGUAACUUCAAAGUUUAAAUAACUCAACCUUGACUUUUGGUUCUGUCACCUGAGGAAAAUGGAUUGCAUUGGAGUUAGUUGACGGACACUGAAACACUUUUUCCUCCAGGAUAUUUUUCAGCAGAGGGGGCAGGCCAACAUUUGUCCCUUGUCAGCCCACUCUCUGGACAAAUCAUUUCAUACAUUUUCAAAACUGAAACACCUAUCUAAUCAUCAAAUAAAAUAAUCACCUCGGC